AUGUUUAAUCCUUUAAAUCGUGCCAGGUCACCUUAGAUGAAUGGGUAUCCAAAUCAGAUAAACCAAAAUCCCCAAUAUGGUGGCAAUCCAUAUCCAUUAACUGGACAAUAAUCCCCAAUGAAUUAACCUUUAACCUAGAGAUCUUUUCCUUAUCAACAAUAUCCACAGAGUACUCCUCCAAAAGGUUAUCCAACUCAAUAGCCAUAAAAGAGCAAUCCGCCUUUCGCACAACAACCAUCAUAUCCUCCUAGCUAACCAUCGGUUUAGUCGAUACAAGUAUAUUAAACUUUGAAUAAAUAGCCUCCUCCACAAUCACAACCACCACAACAGGUGCCCUAACAAAGCUACACCUAAAUUCCUUAACGAUCAAUAAAACAAUUGCCACAGCAAACAUUGGAGUCACAAAGAUAACCCUAUUCUCAGAAUAACUUGUAGCCACAGUCAUACGCACCCUCUCAAAGUUCUGGAUUGGGUUUAUCUGGUUUGAGGUAGACAUAUGUGCCUCCUACUUUUGUUCCUCUUCAACCUGUCAUGACUACUGUGAUAUAACGACCAAUUGAAUUCGUGGAUUUAGAGAAGUUUGAAGAACUUUGGGAUAAGAGAAUGAAGGAAUUAGAAGAUAGAAUUCGUCAAUCUCAAUAAUAGCCUGAACCUUAAGUUGUUGAAUUGAGAGCCUCAAAUGACGAGGAUAAGGAUGCUUUGAUAAAACAGUUACAGGAUGAGCUGUACAAAGUUAGAUGUGAAAAUGACGAAAAAGAUUAAACCAUUUCUGAUAUGAAAAUAGAGAAUUAAUUGUCUCUAUAAGCUCUAAAUAAUUAGAUCAAAAAGCUUAAUAAUGACAAUAAUGAUUUGAAGUAAGAAUUGGAGGCCUUGAGAUAACAGAAAUAGUUUUACAAAUCGUAAUGUGAUGAUAAGGAUGAACAUAUUUAAAAUCUGGAAGCAGAAAUUGAAGAACUUCGUUCACACAUUGAAACAUUGACUGAAGAGGUUACAACUAGUCAGUCUGUCAAGACUUAUGAAGAAGAAGCCAAAAUUUGGAGAACUAAAUUUAAGGAGUUAAAUGAUACAUAUCAUGCUUGUUAAGAGAAGUUGAUUUUGACUGAAGCAGAAUUGGAUUUAUUGAAGAGACCUUAAAGUUAGUAAAAAAUUGUGACUACAUCCACUACAGUAGUAAAGAACAAUGCUUAAACGAGUGGAGCUAAAUCAGACUCUGAUUAUCUUUCAAGCAGCCUAACUUAAUAAGAUGUUGAAAGAAUUCAAAAUUUAUCAAAGAAUAUUCCAUAGAUUUGAUUAUUUGCAAACAAUUAUUAUAUUAAAACACAAAAUAUC